CUCCCCUCCCCUCCCCCCCCCCCCCCCCCCCGCCUUCCAUGUUUCCUCUAGAGCCCAGCUCAAUUUCUCCAAGGAGUACUGUGUCACUAGUCCAACCCCACCUUCAUCUUUCUCUAGGUUCUCCUGUGACUAAGUUGUAACUGGUCCUUGAAUGCCGCUGCUUAUAGAUGCAGACUGCUUGAGUUCAAAGCCCACAUAUUAACUCUGUGACCUUGGGGCCACAUCAUGCUGAAUGAGAGCUGAGAAGUGGAAUCGCCACUGUCAACCCAUCCAUGUUGUGGGAUGCCCACUGUUCCCCCAGGAUCACUCAAGACCCUGUGACUUGUGGUCACUGAUGAGUGGAUCAAGUGAAGGGAACAGGCUUCUUUUUACCCCCGUCAUGCAAAAAGAGCACUGUGAAGCAGACCACAAAUCCCAGGAAGUCACAGAGGGGCAACACGGCGUGCUGGAUGGAACACUAACCAGUCAAAGACUCGGAGACCUGGGUCCAAUGUGGGUUGUCCCUCACUCAUCACGCAAGAUAAUUGCCUUUGAUGAGUUAAGGACGGAUUUUAAGAGCCCCAUAGACCAGUGCAACCCUGUUCAUGCGAGGGAACGGCUGAGGAACAUCGAGCGCAUCUGCUUCCUUCUGCGAAAGCUGGUACUGCCAGAAUACUCCAUCCAUAGCCUCUUCUGCAUCAUGUUCCUGUGUGCGCAAGAGUGGCUCACGCUGGGGCUGAAUGUCCCUCUACUGUUCUAUCACUUCUGGAGGUAUUUCCACUGUCCGGCAGAUAGCUCAGAACUAGCCUACGACCCACCAGUGGUCAUGAAUGCCGACACUUUGAGUUACUGUCAGAAGGAGGCCUGGUGUAAGCUGGCCUUCUAUCUCCUCUCCUUCUUCUACUACCUUUACUGCAUGAUCUACACUUUAGUGAGCUCUUAACGCAAAGACCAUGCACGUCAUCAGAGACUGAGAUGGGAGAGACCUCAGAUGGAGAGAUGCAUUUCUGCUGGUGACUGGAGGAGGGACCAGAAUGGGGAUAUGUGAGAAAUAGACCCGGCAGGCAGUCUGACUGAAUGGGAGCUGGGAUCACGCAGCCAGCCGGGAGCCAAGUUAACCCUGCGUGUCUGUUGUCGCCCUGUGUGUCAAUCUUUGGCAUUCGAAUUCCACAUACAGGGUCCUAGAGCCCUUCUGAGCAUCAGUGGUGUGGGGGAGUAGGUGACAAAACACUAGACCUCUCCUGAGAGAGAAUUGCUGCUUCCUGAAUCCACUUCAUUGAACAGCACCUUGCAAGUUCACACUGAGUUCCUGGGCCAUGGGAGCGGAGGCUGGAAGGCUGCAAGGUGCUUGCUAAGGAACAGAAUGACCCAGAGUCAAGGCCAAGUCUGCAGGGACCUGUUGAAAGCCUCGAGAAUGCCUUGGCUGCCCAAGACUCUUGUUGCCUUUCUUCCAAGCCGUGGCCACACCCUUUUUCUCAAAUGAGAGGGGCUGGAGGGUGUGUGGGUUUUGCCUUCAGCUGUAACCAGCCUUGAGCUCGCGGGGCUGUUUUCAGCUGAGGAGGGGUGAAUAUAGGAAAAAUGGAUUUUUGAAACGUUUGAAACAUGUUCAAGGUGUUAGUUCUCCACCGCACAAGUUGUAUUCUUCUUUUGCCACCUCAAACCAUCCGAAUCAUUUAAUGCAAAUCAAUUGGUCAAUGCUAGUCAAAGCUAUGUUCUUACAAAAACCCCAGACAGCUCAGAGCUCAGAAAAUCCUGUGGAGUGUCUGCUCUGUACCAUGGGCAUCCGGCAGCCAGGAAGUGAGACAACAUAAUUAUAACUUCGUUUUAUGAUGCUGCAUCAUUUGUACUGUUUAGGUCGACACGAGGACAUCAUCUUAUUUAGAAUUUUCCAUUUGGCAAUCUCUUUUGGGUGGGAGUUGUGCUGGGGGUUGUAAAUAAUGACAAGGCUGAGAUUUUUAUGAUGUUUAAAUUGGGCACAAUGAUUUUGACCUUAUUCCCCAAACUUCUUUUCUACUGUUUAACAUACACAGGCUAUUUAUACACAUCCCCAUCUCCCACCUGAAACCUGUGACUCAGGUUUAUGAAUGGUGUUUGUGUAGCAACACAUUGUGUGCUAUGUUUAUUAAAAUGCAGCGACAA